AUGCCCGCAAAAGCUGCGCGUACUGCGCGCCGGGGACAGGGCAACCAGUCCGCGAAUCAACAACCCCAAGAUGCCGCUAGCAACAUUUCCCAGGGCAGCAGUGUCACAGGUGCCCAGCAACCUCAAGGUGCCGCUGGCAUCAACGUGGGUAGCCUUGCCCCAGAUCAACAACCCCAGGAGAACGCCGUCGACGAUAACGCGAGUACGGCAACGAGCAGGAAGAGGAAGGCUCCCGAGAACGAAGACAGCGACGAAGCGGUCAAGAGGAAGCAAAAUAUGUCUUCUCAAAAGGAUGCUGCCGACUGGAAGCCGGGAUGGAAGAAGGCCCUCGCUUGA